CAAACAUUCCUGUCUUCUCAGUCCCUCACUAUGUUGGUCCUCAAUAAUACCAAUGCUCAGCCUGUGACCUUCCUCCUGAUGGGAAUCCCAGGCCUGAGAGCAGCCCAGGUCUGGAUCUCCAUUCCUUUUUGUCUUCUGUACAUCAUCGCCCUCUCUGGGAACAGCAUGAUCCUGUUUGUAGUCCUCCGUGAGCAGAGCCUCCAUGAGCCCAUGUAUUAUUUUCUCUCUAUGCUUUCAGCCACAGACCUGAGCUUGUCCUUGUGCACACUUUCUACUACCCUUGGUGUCUUCUGGUUUGAAGCCCGGGAAAUUAACUUAAAUGCCUGCAUUGCCCAGAUGUUCUUUCUCCAUGGAUUCACUUUCAUGGAGUCUGGGAUUCUGCUGGCCAUGGCCUUUGAUCGUUUUGUGGCCAUCUGUGAUCCACUGAGAUACAGCACCAUCCUCACCAAUGCCAGGAUUACACAGAUUGGAAUGAGCAUGCUGACGAGGAAUGUUGCUGUCAUGUUGCCAGUUGUGCUGUUUGUCAAGAGGCUGUCCUUCUGCAGGUCUACAGUCCUUUCGCAUUCUUAUUGCUACCAUGUUGAUCUCAUUCAGCUCUCUUGCACAGACAACAGAAUCAACAGCAUCCUUGGCCUCUUUGCACUCUUCUCCACAACUGGGUUUGACUGCCCUUGCAUCUUGCUCUCCUAUAUUCUGAUUAUCCAAUCUGUCCUCAGCAUUGCUUCCUCGGAGGGGCGGCAGAAAGCCUUCAGCACCUGCAUAUCUCACAUCAGUGCUGUUGCCAUCUUCUACAUCCCUCUCAUCAGCCUGUCUCUUGUUCAUCGCUAUGGCCAUUCAGCACCUCCAUUUGUCCACACCAUCAUGGCCAAUGUCUUCUUGCUUAUCCCUCCUGUGCUCAAUCCUAUCAUUUACAGUGUGAAGACUAAGAAGAUUCGAAAGACUAUUGCCAAGAUCUUAAUUCAGAAGCAGCUCCACAUCUAA